UUCAUGAACAAUUGGCAGUGGGGGUGAUUAUUUUUCAUCGUUUCAUUCUUCAAAUGACUUUUAGUUAUUGAAUUUACAUUUCUAGACCGUUCAGUGCAGUUAUGCAGUUUAAAAGUAAAUUAAAUAUGGCAUUUGUUAUAUCUGUUUCGAUAACAACCAUUUUCUGCAGUGCUAAAUUUCGAAUUACAAAAUGGAAUAUGUGUCCCCCAGAAGAAAGUAAAUUCCUGACGCUAGUGAAAAUUUCUCUUGACGUGUGUGUUGACGAAUGUUUUAGAAGAAAGCACUGCUUUGCUGUCGGGUACAAGCGUUUGUAUACUUUAUGCGAGCUUUACACGGAUUUUACGUCAGCAUCAACUAACCGUGGUCAUUGUGUGAUUGUGAAAAAAGACGACAUUCAGAACCCGGACGAAUUACACAACAGUGUGUGUGACGAGUGGGAAGUGCUUCAAUCAAACGGAACUGGUGACACGUGUGUUCAUCAAGAGUGUAAAGAGGAAGAGAUUUUGGAAAAUGAGAGCCGUCAAGGAAAUCUGAAUGAAAUAGGCUUCAAGAGGAUUUUGUCUCGUACUCAAUGUGGCUGGAAAAAGGUCGAGGCGCAAAAAUGUUCAUCCGGUGGCAUAUGGGAAGUUACUGAAACCAAAUGGGAAAUUGGUUCUACAGUAGAGAUGUGUUCAUCAGUGGUUGCUAAAAUGACGCAGUUGUAUUGUUCACAAUUACAUGUACAAAUUUGGACCACCGAGAUGUCGCAACCUGACGCAAGAAAAUUCUGCACAGAUAUAGGCGGGAAAUUAGCCAAAGUGGACAAGGACUGGAAAUUCAAUGCUAUUCAAACACUUAUACGUGACUGUCCAGCUUUAAAUACUGGUCAAUAUUGGGUAGAUGGCUAUAAUGCUAACACUGGAAAAGAUGAUUGGAAAUUUUCUGACAAUACCUUGGUACCCAUGAACAAACAUUUCUGGAAAGACAAUGCUCCAAAUGACGGGAAUGGUAUUUCUGUUUGCUUUCGAAUGGUGCGUCACAGUACGGAUAAAUUAGGGGACCAUCGUUUCGACGAUUAUACAUGUUCGGCAAAGUUUGGCUAUAUAUGUCAACAAAAGUAACAGAUACAUUGCCAUUGAAAGCAAAUCGCAUCAAGUGCAAGUACAUUAUUGUUAGUUUCACUUUAGAAUAUUUAAUGACUGUGUGUACCAAAACAGGAUGUCAUAUUGUGUUCAUGGUGUUUUCUGUGAAUCUGUUCUUUUAAUCUCAUCUCUGUUUUCCUUGACAUUGUGAAAGUCUAAUUAUGUUAAAAUCAUGUAGUCACACUCGAAUAACACAGAGACAAUUUGUUUUAUAAAUAAAAUUGUAUGACCAUUUUACUUAUGUUGUAUUAUAAAAUGGUAUUUAUCUGGAUGUACAAGUCAAAUGUGAUGACGAGAGAUGAACAAUAUUGAACAUACAUUUGAAAUACACUGUUUCAUACUAAUAAUAUAUUAUCACGAAGCAAGAUAACAAAUAUAGUUUUUUUAAACUUAAGAGAUGUACAUAAUAACCACAAAUAUUCACCGAGUCAAACUGACUUUUAAGCUAUUUUAG